AUGAACUCUGCUGUCAGCGCUAUUCGAACUUUUCAGAGUGUGCAUUUGCAGGACGACAAUGUCCUCCAGGAGCACAACACGGACGGAGACUCGACGCCUUCGUCCAAAAGACGAUUUGGUGGCCCGGAGACUGGCUAUCACUCGUCCAUCAGACCCACUCUAGAGAUCCUUCUUUAUCCCGAAGCCAAAGAAUUGUUCAUCUGCCAAAUCACGGAAGGUUCUGGUGAACUAGCCAUUACCACCACUGACGAUGAUCUCGGCGGCGAUGAGUUUAGCCUCGCAGAUCUCAAUGAACUCAAUGACAACAUCGUGCUUUGCCAUAACGACCUUGAGCCGCGAAACGUUAGGAAUAACGGCUCAGAUGAAGGUGGGAGCCCAUGGUAUGAGGUUGCCGCCAUCAUCGACUGGGAGAUGCCUGGUGUGUUCCCAUUUGCCUAUGAUUUCGGCAUCAAGGAUCCUUACCUCGGGUCUAACAACCUUUUCUUCAGCUGGUAUCGGCUUUUCAAGGAGAAGACAGCCGCAUUGGUACCGGCUGGAGGUGUGCAGGACAAACUCAUCAAAGCCUUGAAAGUGAUUUUCAAAUCGAAUGACAAGGCUGUACCGGAGAAUGCGGGGACGAGGAGCGGCUGGGUACGAAUGGAAGACGCGGGAGAAAUUCCACCUCUUACGAAGGACGAGGAAGAGAAGCUGGAGGAUGAAGUACUCGGAGAAUUGGGCUACGUAUGA